AUGUGCGACUGGGAGGAGUUCCUCUUCACCUGCAACCACUCCGUUCUACGGCUCAAGUCGUACUGCCACUUUGCCCGCAACGAUCCCGGCCACCAAUGCUUCGGCGUCAAGGUUCUUCGCAACUCGUGGCAGCAGAGCGUCCCGUGCGAUAACUGCAUCUUGGCCUGGCAGGGUCAGGGUCACCCGCAUUUCGGCACCGGGCAGCAUCGUCAGCAGGAGUUUAUUGGCGGCCAGCAACAACCUCCCCAUUAA